AGUUUGCCGUUAUUCUCGGAAGCCAUGGGCUCUCUUUUGCAGGGUUUUACUAAAUCACUCGCCAUGACUUUCCUCUCCGAGAUUGGUGACAAAACGUUCUUCGCUGCUGCUAUUUUGGCGAUGCGUUAUCCUAGGAGACUUGUAUUAGCUGGUUGUCUAUCGGCUUUGAUUGUCAUGACUAUAUUAUCUGCUACACUUGGUUGGGCUGCUCCAAAUCUGAUCUCUCGUAAAUGGACUCAUCAUAUAACAACAUUGUUGUUCUUUGGCUUCGGGUUAUGGUCUUUAUGGGACGGUUUUAAAGAAGGAGGGGGUUCUGAAGAAUUGGCAGAAGUUGAAGCAGAACUGGAUUCUGAUUUGAAGAAGACUAAUGAUCAAUCGAAAAAAGACAGCAGUAAGAUUGACGAUGAACAGAAAAAGCAGAAAAGGCCAUUCCUUACUGCAUUCUUCUCUCCCAUUUUUCUCAAGGCGUUUUCAAUUAACUUCUUUGGUGAGUGGGGUGACAAGAGUCAGCUUGCGACUAUUGGUUUGGCUGCAGAUGAAAAUCCACUUGGCGUGGUCCUUGGCGGAAUUUUGGCACAAACAUUGUGUACCACAGCUGCUGUGCUUGGUGGCAAGAGCUUAGCAUCUCAAAUAUCCGAACGAAUUGUGGCUCUUUCCGGUGGAAUGCUUUUCAUUAUUUUCGGCAUCCAGUCACUUCUUACUCCGGUUGAUGCUUGAUAGUUGAUACAUCUAUAUGGUAUCCCCUCAAUGUCUUGAAACUGCAGGUUUCUUGGGUUUGAAUGCUUUUUUGGCGAGAUGAAACCGAAACACGUCACUCCCAUACAAUUGCUUAGAUACAUUUAACUAGUGAUUACAGAAUCAGAAAGAUUCAUCUGUAACACCAUUUGGAUUUAAUAAAAGUUUUGUUAUUUG